CACCUCCGUCAGGUACACGCGUCGAUGUCCACGCGCCGGCACGGAGAGAGACGACCGCACACCAGGUACCGACCUGCCCGGGUUCUGAACCGGCCGCCUCUUCGCCCGUCCGGCCCGCCAUGUCCUCAGCCGUCAGCAAAACGGAGGAGGCGGCGCGCGGCUCGCCGCUGACGCCGCUGAAGCUGGUGGGGUUGGUCUGCGUCUUCCUCGCGCUCUGCCUGGACGUGGGAGCCGUGAUGAGCCCCGCGUGGGUGACAGCCGACGACCAGUACUACAUGUCCCUGUGGGAGUCCUGCUGGAAGCCGGUGAGCACCGAAAGCUGGCAGUGUAGCAGCACGUUGGGCUCAGACUGGCAGGUUGCCACCCUGGCCCUGUUGCUAGGGGGCGGAGCCCUGGUCUUGAUGUCAUUCCUGGUUGCUCUGGUUGCUGUGUGCACCGGCACGAGACGGCGAUUCUACGGACCUGUUGCCAUCAUGCUGUUCGCUGCAGUUGUCCUCCAGGCCUGCAGCUUGGUUCUCUACCCCAUCAAGUUCAUUGAGAGCAGUAACCUGAAGAUCUACCAUGAGUUCAACUGGGGCUAUGGCCUAGCUUGGGGCGGGACCAUCUUCUCCUUUGGCGGGGGCAUCCUCUACUGCCUCAACCCCAAGAACUAUGAGGAGUACUACUAGUUCCAGUUCAAGCCUUUUCACAGGUUUGGGGAGGUACUCAGGGGCUGGUUUGGGUUUUUUAACAUCUAAAUCCACAGAACUGUGAGGAACACUACUUUUCCCAGAUUCAACUCAACAGCUGUACUUGGGAUGAAGCUAUGGGUCUGCAGAUUAGUAUUUCCGCCUCGGUCCACAGAACUGUCAGCGCUGUGACACGCUGCCUGCUAUUAGAAGUGACAGUCUGUCAGACCAACGUGAGUACUGGAGGCUGUUAACAGUUUAAUCCCACCAUUUGUGACACACUCCUUU